UAGAUAAAAAACAUUAUUGACAAAUUUGGAGUGUAAUAAGAAGGCAGCGUCCGUCCCAAAAAAAUACAUUUUCUGUUUUAGAAUUGGGUAUUUAAUUUUCUCCAAGUUUUACUUUUUUUAACAUAACUUUUUAUUAGCUUAGGCUUUAAGCGCUCUAAUUUUAUUUUUUUAUUUUUUUAAUCAUGGCGGCCGACAAGCCAUUAACAGCACAGGAUAUAUUUAAUCUUCCGACAACAACAGAAACAGUUGUGUUUUACACAUCACUGGGAGUCACUCUAGCAUCGUUUUCCCCUCUUUUCUACGCUGUUUGGUUCCGAAACUUCCCGCCUAUGAAGGCGCAACACGUGGGUAUCACCAUCACAAUUGCUAUUGGUGGAAUUGUUUUUAAUAUUUCGAACAACAUAGCACAGGGCAUGGCUAUGUACAAUGGUGCACUUGGAGCAUGCAGGUUUUGGGGUGCCUGGGUUUUAUUUACAUUUGGUCUGGCGGUGUUUUUGUCUGCCAUUUACAUGCGCCUAGUCCUGUUUUAUCGCGUGUUUAUCUCGGGCAGCACAAAAGCACGUACAGAAAACAAAACUGUUGGAUUUUUCCGCAAAUUCUGGCCUUUCUUUGCAAUGUGGUCACCAGCUCUCAUCACAAGCAUUGUGAUCACUUCGCUCAAGGGCCCACAGGGCAUAUGGCUUCUCGAGGAUCAUGGCCUGCGCGCGUGCGCAUUCAGCGAUGGGUAUUUAAUGUGGAUUUAUGUAUACUUCCUCAUCAUGAUUAUCGCAUCAUGGGUGCUGUAUUUCCGCAUGCGCAAGAUUGCCAAUGCGUUCAACGGCUUUCGUAUGGCCAUCUGGACUAUAGUUGUUUCGACAAUUGUUUUGGUUGUCAGUAUGGUGCUGAAUCUCACUAAGGGCUCAAACUCUCCCUGGGGUCGGAUUGCCAUCGCCUUGACAAACAUGGCCAUGCUUAACGGCUACAUUUGGAUGAUUUUAGGGCCUCCAGUUAUCGGACACAUGUUUUGGCGCGAGCGAACAAUGCGCAGUUUUAUGAACACGCUUCACAAGGAUAGCUUGGUUGCCCAGCAAACUCGCAGCGUGGAGAUGGAGGCAUUUGCCCACGACAAGUUGGAAAACAACCACCAACCGAAUUCAAUAUAUGACCAGGGUAACUUGUUCGCUGAUGAUAUAAAUCAGCAUGAAAUGAAGAUGGAGGGGUCCCAGUUUGAAUUCCAAGAUCCAUUGCCCGUAUUUAUAACGGACACACAGCGAAUGCUUUAAUUGGUUUGCAUAAUGUAUACCACUUUUGUUGUUUUUAUUUCACAACUACACUUAAAUAAAAAUACCGCCAUGGAAAAC